AUGUGGUUUAGACUAUCAAGGAAGACCUUAAAAGACUGUACCCAUAAGAGUUAUGGCCCUUUUCUGAAUAAUAGACCAGUAUGCGUGGAGGUGUCUAGCAAGGAUGAAGUCUUCCUUCAGCUUGAGAGUUUGGCAUCUUUGUUGAUUCUGUUAACAUGGAUCAGUACUGUUCUUUUUCCCAGCUGUCCUCCAAAGCUGAAUAUAUAUUUUUCUAUCUGCAUCUCCUUAAAUAACAUCACUAACAGCAUGUUUGUUUAUUGGAAUCAGCAAUCAAACUCAGAUCAGAAUAUUAGAAACCCAAUUUACUAUAUAUCAUCAUGUUAUCUAUAUGUAUGA